AUGUUUAUCAGCACGAUUGUUUUUUUCACCGCCUUGUUUUACUUGUUGAAUUCGAGCGGGAGCCGUUACAAACCCGUCGAAUUGUUAUCGAAUCUCAGCAUCAUUAACGGUAGCAAAUUGGGAAGUGCCUUCGAAGCGGCAAUCAACGGAGUUUUUAUGGCCUCAUUCAAAAUGGCGCUUUUUUACGGUUUGUGGACGUGGUUGAUACAUAAUUUUUUCCAAGUCAGAAUCGUGUAUUUACCCUCGGUUUUGGCAGCCGUUUUGGGUGCCGUUCCCUUUCUAGGAACGUAUUGGGCUUCGAUACCGGCAGUAUUGGACCUUUGGUUAGCACAACAGAAAGGAUUUCAAGCCAUAAUUCUUUUUCUUUUUCAAUGUCAUCCUUACAUGACCGGUUUGGCUAUUGCCGGAGGAGUUUUUUGCAUGGGAAUUCAAGGAGCUAUUUUCGGUCCGCUUUUACUCUGUUGCCUUUUAGUAGCUUUAAACAUGUCUUCUAAUUUGUUGAAGGAAUCGCCAAGCGAUGGAUUGACCGCUUUAUCCGUACAAAAUUUGAGACGGUAA